GCUCCGAUCGUCACAGCGGCCGCACGCGCACGCCGGCCAUGACUCGAUCACUGUACGCUCUCCUAGCGCUCGCCGCCCUCGCAGCCGCUACCGCCGACCCGCCGCGACCUCGACUCAUAGACUUCAACCCUUGGUCCUGGCUCCCCAAUAACCGUAACAAAUCUCCAUCUAUCAUGGAUUAUUUCUUCCCACCGUCUAGGACCCCUAAGCAAUCAUUUCUAGACCCACCCGCCGACAGACAACCACCCACCGUACAAACGCCGUUGGACGACUCCCCGACGAUGACGACCAUUCAAGAACGUCUAACAACGCUAGGUAGAAAGUCUCAUAAUAAGGUAAAAACGACCGCGUCCUCUUUUCGCCCUACGGCAUCCACGCCCCCGAAAACAAAAAAGUCGACUCACAAGAACGUCGCAACCGAUACCACUGCUGAUCCCAAAACGACACAGACCACUAAAAUCGAAACAUCUCCGCCGACCACGAACAUCGUAACCGCAACGGUGAAACCGCCCAAACGUUACACCAUCCGCCCAAUACGGACGACGGAAGCUCCGGUAGUUCAGGAAACCGAGUCAACUGUUAAUAUAAACAGCGAUAGUACGGAAACAGUGGUUGGUAUUGAUACAUCGGGUACAACGAUAGAGGUGACGAAAGAUACGGUUCCGACUUUGAGCACGGCCGCUGAUACGCGGUCCACGGAGGGCACGGCCAGUACCGGCACGGAGACAACCUUGAUGCCGGAUAGUACAGCAACAGAACCGGCAGACAGUCGCGAGGGCUAUUUACCAUUGCGGGACAAACCACAGGCGACUCACGUCAAGAUCAACGAGCAAACGAAUAAAGAGACUGUUCCGCUGCCGGCGGGCUCGACGUCGGUACUGGCGAAGCCGACAAAGUACCAUUACUACCCUCACAAUCAACACAUCUAUUUACUACCGGAAUGCGCUAUUCAACAGGUGUGCAACGCAGUUUACGUGCGUUUGAACUACACCCAGCCACUAUGCGCGUGUCCCGCCAGGUACAGAGACCCUUGUUCAGCGAGUCUCAACGCAGACGACCUGCAUACCACGCGGCUCACCACAGAUUCCAAAAAGAAGUAUGCGAAGAAAGCAGUGACUCUAGUGAAGACUUGUGAAGCUGUAUCCGAGAUGAGAGAAUGCCGUGCGCCGAGAGACUGGUCACUUUUGGCUCUACAAAACAUACGAACCGGAAAAUCACAUUACCUAGUAAUUUGCCGAUGUCCCGAAACUCAUAUACUUGAGGGUCCGAUGUCUCACGACCAGCCGACGUACGCGUCCGUACCGGGGAUCAGAGUGUAUGGCAUGAUGUGCGUUCGCCCCACCACGGCUUAUCACUCCGGUUACAACUCGAACAGAUUUACAUCCGGCAUCCAGAGCACUACAAGCACGUACAAAGUAGACUAUUCUCAACCCCAUUCGUAUAUCGAUAAACCAGUUUACAACCGAUACCAGACACAUAACUAUAUGGACUCCAAUUACUACAAUAGAAGAUCGAGAGCCUCGCGCGUUAGGCGAAUGACUUCAGAAUACCCACCAUUUCCAUGGUAUAAAGUAAAAGAACUCGCACGAUCGUUACAUUGGAUCAAUUAAGAAGAAAUUAAUCGUAUUGUUACGGAAAAGUAGGUUGGGUUCAAGAUGGCCGCUCCAAUACCGCCUCGUUGAACACAACGAAGACUUAUAACGAUAUAUUUAAUUUCAAAACGCUUUUAGCUUUCUUUAUACCAGUUAUGUGAUUAAGUCUGAUUUAUUUAAAUUACUUAUAAAAUAAAUAAUCAGCCUGUAGAAUACUCGAUAUGCAUUUAAUAGAAAUAAUCGACUUUUUGUACCUUUCUGUCUCAGUAAUACAUUUUAUUUUAUAGAUUAUAAUAAUCCAUAGUAUUAUUGAAUACGGUUAAGUAAUUUUUAAUUGCCGAAUGGCUAAAGCCAUAGAUAUAAGAAAGAAUUAGAAUGAAAAAUGAAAUAUAGUAAUUUUAAUAAUUCUUUAAGUACACGACAUAAUGUGAUACGAGCUCAGUGUUUUUGUGUAUUUUGAUGCAUUUAUAGGUUAUACAUUAUUUAUAUUAAAACCAUAUAACUUAGAAAAAUCGUCUUGUAAAUAUUAGUGUUAAUUACAAUAUUUGUAAUUUAAAAAAUAAAAAUCAUUGAAAA